GUUCUCAAGGAUUUGGUCAAAGUGAUCCAACAAGAGAGUUAUUCCUACAGAGACCCCAUCACCGAAUUUAUUGAAUGUCUCUAUGUCAAUUUUGAUUUCGAUGGUGCCCAGCAUAAACUUCUUGAAUGUGAAUCUGUUCUUUGCUACGAUUUCUUCUUGAGCAAUCUCGUAAACGAGUUCAUUGAGAACGCCCGUCUCCUCAUCUUUGAGAUUUUCUGUCGGAUCCACGAAUGCAUCAGCAUCAACAUGCUGUCGCAGAAGCUGAACAUGACACCCGAUGCCGCUGAACAGUGGAUUGUCAAUUUGAUCCGACAUGCCCGACUCGAUGCUAAAAUAGACUCUAAACUAGGUCACGUUGUCAUGGGAACAAAAGCCAUUUCCCCUUACCAGCAAGUAAUCGAGAAAACCAAAAAUUUGAACUCUCGUUCCCACUUCCUUGCACUAAAUAUACAUAAGAAACUAGGAUUAAAAAUCCCGGAAUCCAGUACUCAGUGGGGACAGGAUUAUUAUUAAUAUUUGAGAAAAUGACGGAUACUUAAUAUAUUAUCUACGUAUCUGUCUGUCUAUGUAUCGAUGUAUCUAUCUAUCUAUUUAUAUAUAUAUAUGGAUACACGUGUGUGAUACACACACAU